AUGACCGCGGGGACUGUGGUCAUCACCGGCGGAAUAUUAGCAACUGUCAUACUACUGUGCAUUAUAGCUGUUCUCUGCUACUGCAGGCUCCAGUACUAUUGUUGCAAGAAGGAUGAGUCGGAAGAGGACGGUGACGAGCCCGACUUCCCUACAGAUUCGCAUAUCCCCCCCCUGCACUGCAACCGCAACGUGGCUCUGACCAACGGCCCUUCCUUGUACCGCUCCCCCUACAAGAAGCCCUCCCAGUCCCGGACUGGCUGCCCCAACUGCUCCCAGUAUGAGCCUCCAACGUUCUUCCUGCAGGAGCCCGAAGAGGAGGUCCGCAAUGGGGGCGACCUGGUCAACUACAAGGCCAUCAGCCAAGAAGACCUGGAGCUGCCCAUCGGCUUGAGCGGCGGCCUCCAGGCCCUCAACCCCAACCGACUCUCCGCCAUGCGUGAAGCCUUUUCCCGCAGCCGCAGCAUCAGCACGGAUGUCUGA